AUUUAAUCAGCAAUUAGAAACACCUGAGGGCAAGGGAAAUUCUACUCCAGCCUCAAGCCUCAUCUCUCAGCCUGCAGCAUGCUGCUCGGCAGAAUGGCCACGGAGGAGCGGCACCUCUCCUCCAGCUGUGGGUCCUUCAUCAAGACUGAGCCCUCCAGCCCGUCUUCCGGCAUCGACGCCAUCAGCCACCACAGCCCAAGCGGCUCCUCCGACGCCAGCGGUGGCUACGGAAUGGCCAUGGGGGGCCACCCCAAUGGCCUGGACUCGCCACCCAUGUUCAAUGGCACGGGCAUCGGCGGCGGGUCCUGCCGCAAGCGCUACGACGACUGCGCCAGCGCCAUCAUGGAGGACUCGCCCACCAAGUGCGAGUACAUGCUCAACGCCAUCCCCAAGAGGCUGUGCCUGGUGUGCGGGGACAUCGCCUCGGGGUACCACUACGGCGUGGCUUCCUGCGAGGCGUGUAAAGCCUUCUUCAAGAGGACUAUUCAAGGGAAUAUUGAGUACAGCUGCCCGGCCACCAAUGAGUGUGAGAUCACGAAACGGAGGCGCAAGUCCUGUCAGGCCUGUCGCUUCAUGAAAUGCCUCAAAGUGGGGAUGCUAAAAGAAGGUGUUCGUCUGGAUCGAGUCCGUGGAGGCCGUCAGAAAUACAAAAGGAGACUGGAUUCUGAGAGCAGCACUUACCUGAGCUUACAGAUCCCUCCCCCAGCUAAAAAGCCAUUGACUAAGAUCGUCUCCCACUUGCUGGUGGCUGAGCCAGAGAAGAUUUAUGCCAUGCCUGAUCCAACCAUGCCGGAGAGUGACAUCAAAGCCCUGACAACCCUCUGUGACCUGGCAGACAGGGAAUUGGUCGUGAUCAUUGGCUGGGCAAAGCACAUCCCAGGGUUCUCCAACCUCUCCCUUGGAGACCAGAUGAGCCUUCUGCAGAGUGCCUGGAUGGAAAUUCUCAUCCUGGGCAUUGUGUACCGCUCCCUGCCAUACGAGGACAAGCUGGUCUAUGCUGAGGACUACAUAAUGGAUGAAGAGCACUCUCGUCUGACAGGGCUGCUGGAGCUCUACCUGGCCAUCCUACAGCUGGUGCGCCGCUAUAAGAAGCUCAAGGUGGAAAAGGAGGAGUUUGUCACACUCAAAGCUCUGGCCCUCGCCAACUCAGACUCCAUGCACAUAGAGGACAUGGAUGCAGUGCAGAAACUCCAGGACCUUCUCCACGAAGCCCUGCAGGACUACGAGCUGAGUCAGCGCAACGAGGAGCCCCGGCGAGCAGGCAAGCUGCUCCUGACCUUGCCCCUCCUGCGGCAGACGGCUGCUAAAGCUGUGCAGCACUUCUACAGCAUCAAACUGCAGGGCAAGGUUCCCAUGCAUAAACUCUUCCUAGAAAUGCUAGAGGCGAAGGUCUGA